AUAUGUAUAAUUAUAAACAUAUUUUUUUCCUGAAAUAUAUAUAUAUUUUAAAAUAUGUUUUAAUAAUUGUGUACUGAAACUUUAUGUGAAUAAAUAUUUUAUUUUUUUACUUUGUGUCAUAAUGUAAUUUUCAACAAAUAUCUAAACUAUUGUAAAUUCAUACUUAUUUUAUUAUUAACAUUUGGUGAAUUUUUUUCUGAAACAGAAAUUUAAUGUCAAUAUCCCCAUUAAAUUGAGGAUUUUACCAAUACGCUGUGAUUCAUGUUUAUUGUCAAUUAUUAUUUACUCUACCGAUAUUAAUCUACUUUAUGGAAAUUAAUUUAAUAGUUAGCUAGAAUAAAAAAUAAUUUAUAAAUAACUGAAGAUUAUUUGGUACACGGAAUAAGCUACAAUGGACAAGCUUCGAAGAGUUUUAAAUGGCAAUGAAAACUGUGACGAGGAAAGUGGCAUAAUACCACAGGUGAUGGACGCGUCCACCUUAAGUUGGUCUACUAGAAUAAAGGGGUUUGCAAUUUGUUUCGUGAUAGGCAUUCUAUGCUCAUUCCUCGGAUCAUUUGCACUUUUUCUAAAUAAGGGACUUACCGUAUUCGCCGUAUUCUACACGCUGGGCAAUAUUAUUUCAUUAAUAAGUACAUGUUUCCUCAUGGGACCAGUAAAUCAACUGAAAAAAAUGUUUGCAUCCACAAGAAUAAUUGCUACAAUACUUGUGUUCGUGUGCUUAGUAAUGACUCUUGUUGCAGCAAUUGGAUUACAUAAACCAGGACUUGCACUUCUCUUUAUAAUUUUGCAGUCUUUAUCAUUAACAUGGUAUUCUUUGUCGUAUAUUCCAUACGCACGCGAUGCUGUAAAAAAGACUGUUGAAUCCUGCAUUACGUGAGGUUUUCUUUAAAAAAAAAUUAACUUACAUGGAGCAGAAAGUUUUGUAUAUUGUAAACUGAAAGAAACUUAAAGUGAAAUUUAACAAAGGCUAGGAAACAAAAUAAAAAUAGGCAACUAAAAAUUUAUAAUUCAAACCAGACGCAUUUUUUAAAGUCAAUUACUUUUUAUAUGAAUUUUUUUUACUGAAAACAAUCAAAAUUAAAUUUAAUAAUGGU